UCCCAAGUUUGAGUUAGUCCUAAUACCUCAUGUCAAUGUGUAUACGAUUAACUAGUGAAUUCUAUCUUCUUCUAUCUUUUUUGAAUCUUUCCUCAUCAAUGUGUAGACAUGUGACUGAGCAGCAGCGUUCUUCAUACCCCACCUCUCGACUUAGUUGAACCAAACAACUCCACCACAGAAACAGACAACACACACAGAAUCAGGUCCAUUUCCGUACACACAGUUUCUGCACGGAUUUCAGAGAAGAGUCUAACAAGAGAAUAUCAGUCCCUUCUUUUUCCCCACUGUUCUCACCACACCAUCAAUCAAAUUUCCCAGCAAAACUCAGCACAAUGGCAUCAUCAGCCAGCGGAGCCCUCCCGCACAUCGCCGUCCUCGGCUCCCUCAACAUGGACCUGGUCGCCUACGUCCCGCACCACCCCCGGCCGGGCGAGACGCUGACGGCAGACAAGUUUGUCACGUCGCCGGGAGGCAAGGGCGCCAACCAGGCCGUGGCCUGCGCCAAGCUCUCGCGGAACCGUCCUGGCAAAGGGGCAAAGGGCAGGGAGGAGGAAACGAAGAUGGCCUCACCUACCUGCUUCGCAAACUACGACGGUGAUGAUGGAGAAGGAGCGACUGCCCACGUCAGCAUGCAGGGCUGUGUCGGGUCCGACGGGUACGGGGCGCAGCUGCGGGCGAACCUGGCGCGGCACGGGGUGGAUGUCGACGGGGUGGAGAUCAAGCAGGGCCUAAAGACGGGCGUGGCGCUCAUCAUUGUCGAUGGGCCGACGGGGGAAAACAGGAUUGUGCUGAGUCCCGAGGCGAAUCAUGCUGGCUUUCAGGAGGAGGAGGAGGAACAGCAGCAGCAGGGCGGGGCUCCGCGUUCGGACAAGGUGAGGAAAUUGCUGCAGGGAAAGGCGGGUAGAAUGCCGGACUUGCUUAUCAUGCAGCUGGAGAUCCCGCUCGAGAUCGUGGUUGCCGCUGUUGAGGUCGCUCGUGCGGAAGGGGUGGAUGUGUUGCUUAAUCCGGCGCCGGCGAGGAAGUUGCCUGAGGACGUCUUCAAUGGGUUGGCGCAUCUGGUGGUGAACGAGACGGAGGCCGCGAUUCUGGGCGAGGUGGAGGAGAGGGAAGUGGACCAAGUAGAGGGGUUGGAGACGGUUGCGAAGCGGUUUAUUGACAAAGGGGUGAGGAACGUGAUUAUCACACUAGGGGGGCGGGGGGUGUACUACAUGAGCAAGGACGGGAGGAAAGGGCUGGUGCCGGCUGAGAAGGCAAAUGUAGUCGAUACUACGGCUGCAGGGGACACCUUUGUAGGGAGAUAUGCUCUGGAUGCUGUUGGGAAGAAGGACGCCGAGUUUGACAUCGAGACAGCGGUCAGUAAAGCAAAUAAAGCGGCAGCGAAGACGGUCGAGAGGGUGGGCGCACAGGACUCGAUUCCUUGGAGGGAUGAGUUGGAGUGAAAAGAAGGGUUUCAAUUCGCGAACAAAGGACGAGUAAAGCUAAACACUGGUGUUUCACCGUGCCGCAGCUCAGGGGUUGCUAUUGCUAUGUCCUACGGGUUCACAUAGGCUGGCUUGAUUGUAUUGUAGCCAUCGUGUCGCACCGGUUUGAUGCUCUCCAGGUCAAAGUUAUUCAGCACGCGCAGAUUGAAAGGCCGCACGUCGAUGUUAUGCGCCCGACGCUUCCGCAUAUCUUCUGGCAGUGCGGCAAUCUCCUCAUCUGUGAGGGGAUUCAGGUCGAGGAAUAUCUGUACUCCGCAUGUCUUACAUUUUGCGAUUCGCCCGACACGCGAGUGAGUGACAUAGUAGCUCAAGUUCUCAGU